GUCAUUGUCCCCCGCCGGGCGGCUGGGCUGUGUGCGGCGGCGGUGGCGGCGGCGGCGGCGGCCGAGGGGGAUGGAGCGAGCGCCGAGCCGGGUCAGAGUUGAACAAUGACCAUAGUUGACAAAGCUUCUGAAUCUUCAGACCCAUCAACCUGUCAGAAUCAGCCUGGCAGCUCUGAGGCAGUCUCACCUGGAGACAUGGAUGCAGGUUCUGCCAGCUGGGGUGCUGUGUCUUCGUUAAAUGAUGUUUCAAAUCACACGCUUUCUUUAGGACCAGUACCUGGUGCUGUAGUUUAUUCAAGUUCAACUGUUCCUGAAAAAUCAAAGCCAUCACCACAAAAGGAUCAAGUUCUAGGUGAUGGCAUUGCUCCUCCACAGAAAGUUCUUUUUCCAUCUGAGAAGAUUUGUCUUAAGUGGCAGCAAACUCAUAGAGUAGGAGCUGGGCUCCAGAAUCUGGGCAAUACCUGUUUUGCCAACGCAGCACUGCAGUGUUUAACGUACACGCCACCUCUCGCCAAUUACAUGCUAUCACACGAACACUCCAAGACAUGUCAUGCAGAAGGAUUUUGUAUGAUGUGUACCAUGCAAGCACAUAUCACCCAGGCACUCAGCAAUCCUGGGGAUGUUAUUAAACCGAUGUUUGUCAUUAAUGAGAUGCGGCGUAUCGCCAGGCACUUCCGCUUUGGAAACCAAGAAGAUGCCCAUGAAUUCCUUCAGUACACUGUUGAUGCUAUGCAGAAAGCGUGCUUGAACGGCAGCAAUAAAUUAGACAGACAUACCCAGGCUACCACACUCGUUUGUCAGAUAUUUGGAGGAUACCUAAGAUCUAGAGUCAAAUGUUUAAAUUGCAAAGGUGUUUCAGAUACUUUUGAUCCAUAUCUCGAUAUAACAUUGGAAAUUAAGGCUGCUCAGAGUGUCACCAAGGCAUUGGAGCAGUUUGUGAAGCCGGAACAGCUUGAUGGAGAAAACUCCUACAAGUGCAGCAAAUGUAAAAAGAUGGUUCCAGCUUCAAAGAGGUUCACUAUACACAGAUCCUCUAAUGUUCUUACACUUUCUCUGAAACGUUUUGCAAAUUUUACCGGUGGAAAAAUUGCUAAGGAUGUGAAAUAUCCGGAGUAUCUCGAUAUCCGACCAUACAUGUCUCAGCCAAAUGGCGAACCGAUUGUCUACGUCUUGUAUGCAGUACUGGUGCACACUGGUUUUAAUUGCCAUGCUGGCCAUUACUUCUGCUACAUAAAAGCUAGCAAUGGCCUCUGGUACCAAAUGAAUGACUCCAUCGUAUCCACCAGUGACAUUCGAUCGGUACUCAGUCAGCAAGCCUACGUUCUCUUUUACAUCAGGUCCCACGAUGUGAAGAACGGAGGCGACCUUGCUCAUUCCGCCCACAGCCCUGGCCAGUCCUCUCCCCGGCCCGUCCUCAGUCAGCGGGUUGUCAGCAGCAAGCAGGCAGCCUCAGGGUUUAUCGGACCACAGCUUCCCUCUCACAUGAUAAAGAACCCCCCUCACCUGAACGGCACAGGACCAGGGCCGUUGAAAGAGACGCCGAGCAGCUCCAUGUCCGGCCCUAACGGGAACGCGGCGGUUAACCGGGCUGCGCCUGUGAACGCCUCGACGCCCGUCCCGACCUGGUCCGUCAGCAGGCCCUCCGUCCUUCCGGAGCACCCCAAGAAGCAGAAGAUCACCAUCAGCAUUCACAACAAGCUGCCUGUGCGCCAGGGCCCGCCUCAGCCCGACCCGCACAGCAGCUCCCUGGAGGGCCCCGCCAAGCCCGCGCCCGCCGCCGCCGCCGCCGCCGCCGCGCCCUCCGCUCUGCAGUCUACCUCGCGCGCAGCCCCGCCGCCGGCCGCCGGCAGGGCCGCCAAGCAGCUCGGCCCGCCCGAGGCCUGCUCCAAGCCCGUGAUGAACGGCAAGUCCAGGCUGAGCUCCAGCCUGCUGGUCCCCUACGGCGCCGAGUCGUCGGAAGAGUCUGACGAGGAGGCCAAGGGCCUGGGCAAGGAGAACGGCCUGGGCCCCGCCGAGAGCGCGCGCUCUCCUGCUCCUCCCGAUGCCACCGCCGCCGAGGCCCCUCCGCACGAGCUGCUCGAGCUGCCCGUGGCCCUAAAUGGUGCUCCUAGUACAGACAGUGACCCGAAAGAGAACGGCCUGCCUUCCGAUGGGGCGGGCUGCCCAGUCCAGCCGGCUCUGCACCCAGAAAACCCCUUCUCCAAGGCAAACGGUCUCCCCGCGAAGCUGAUGCCUGCUCCUCUGCCACCUCUCCCAGAAGACAGAGUCUUAGAGACCUUCAAGCUCAGCACCAGGGCGCAAGGCUCCGCAGAUGAGACGAGUUCGACGGGGGCGGAGGAGAGCCCUGCAGAGGAGCCCGCCGCCGAGCUGGGGGCUGGUAGCCCUGCCCCGGAUUCCCCGGAGAACCCCGAGACCGUGGCGAGUCUUAGCAGCACGUCGAAGAAGGCUUCGCCGCCCUCGGAGCCCAGCAUCAACUCUACCAAAGAAGCCUCUGAAAACAGUGCGGCAAAGCCCGAGGCGCCUUUGCCGAGCAGCAGCAGCAGCCUUUGCACCGUCAGCAAGAGCACCGGCGGGGACGAUGCGCGCGCUCAGCUCGCUGACCCUGCGAGCUCCUCCACGCACGGUCCCAGCAAACCUUCCCGGGACGCCGAAGGGCUGGUGACAGAGCGGCCGCCGGACUCGGCAGCUGCGGAAGCGGCGGGGAGGUUGAGCCCCAGCCCCUCGGAGCGGUCCGAGGACCCCCGGGAGCCCGAGCUGCCGCCUCUCAGCCGAGAGGGGGGCGCGGCGGCCGAGGCGCCUGCGAGCACCGGGCUGCCCGCGGGCGAGGCGCCGCCUCCGCAGCCCUCAGACCCGCGGGCAGAGCGCCUUGCGGAGGCGGGCCCCGAGCAGAGUGGCGGGGACCGAGCAGAGGAGAGCGCGGUCGGCCCGAAGGCGCAGGCUCCGUCGCCGGUUCCGGCUCCGGUUCCGGAGAAAAUCGGCAGCCUCAGAAAAGUCGACCGGGGCCAUUAUCGCAGCCGCAGAGACCGCUCGUCCAGCGGCGAGCGCGCGCGCAGCAGGAGCAGGACGGAGGAGCAGCAUCGCCGCAAGCGGCCCCGGCCCGAGCGGCCCGAGCGGCCCGAGCGGCCCCGGCCCGACCCCUGCGGCCCGGCCCCGCACCACCCCGCGCACGGCGGCGAGCGGCUCAGCCUGGCCCGCUACGGCCACCACCACUCCCGGAGCAGGGGCGGCUCCGAGCAGGAGUGGGGCCGGUACCACCACGCCGAGAGCGAGCACGCCUGGGCCCGGGAGAAGUACUACCCCGACCGGACGCGCUGGGCCAAGUGCCGGCACCACCACGACAGGUACGCCCCGUACCCGGCGCGGGAGCUGCGCGACUGGAAGCCUUUCCACGCCGACCGCGAGUACGAGCGCGCGGGGCCCUACGGCAGCCGGCCCUACAAGGACCACUACCGGAGCAGGAAGGGCUACGAGCUGGCCGCCAAGGACAAGGAGCGGCACCGCUUCCCCGGGCCCCGGGCGGGCCCCUCCCACGCCCUGCCCCCGCCCCCCCACCCGCACCCGCACCCGCACCCGGAGAGGUUCGGCCCCGAGAAGGCCGCCCUUGGAGCCGAGGACAGUGGCUGUCACCUCGCCGGUCGGUUCCAUGAACACGAAAAUGUCAAGUCACGGAAACGGAGAUACGAGAGCAUGGAAAACGCGGACGGGCACGUGGAAAAGAAGGCCUGGAGAAGCUUCCAGAAGGGCCCUCUGGAAGAACCUAAAGUGAAGAAGCACAAGAAGUCAAAGAAGAAAAAGAAAUCCAAAGACAAACACCGAGACCGGGAUUCCAGGCACCAGCCGGAUUCCGACCUCUCGGGAGCACAUUCUGAGGCCGACCUCCACAGACACAAGAAGAAGAAGAAGAAGAAGAAGAGACACUCACGGAAAUCAGCGGACUUUGUCAGAGCUGCGGACGCGCCCCUGCCCAAGGCCGCCAGCUGCCAGACUGUGGACCGGUUCCGGAGGGCGGCCGGCGCCUUUCCGCUCCCGGACGGCCUGCCUCUGGAAGGGGCUGGACCUUUCCGCGAGAAAACAAAACAUUUACGGAUGGAAAGCAGGGCUGACAGGUGUCAUCUGUCUGAGUGUGGCCAGGGUGAUUGAAAACUUGGCCUCAAAGCAAAGAAUUCGCUAGUUACGAUUCAACGUGUUCAACAGAAGCCAUCCCCAACCCAGCUUAAAUUAUAAAUAGAGAAAAUAACUUUGUUCAAAUCUGCGUGGUGCUUCUUUAGUAAAUACUGUACAGAUUUUACCAUGGAGGACUUUUUUUUUUAGUUUUUACCUUUUCUUAAUUACCCUUAUUCCAAAUGGACGAACACUUUCUACAACUGCUGACCACUGUAAAAUACUGUGUAUAUAAAUCACAUUGAAAUAACGCCCUGGACUAGAACAUCUCAAAUGCUGCUUAAUCACAGACUCAGGUUGAUCACUCGUAUUCCAUGUAACGCUCCUCCGAGUUAGCUAGCCGGUGCAAGACCAGCCGGGACACCAUGGAAUUAUUAAAAGUACAAACUGACAGUGUGUAUAUUUAAUUUAAAAACUUAUUUAAAAAGAUUCACACGCUCUCAAUGAGACUUUUGAGAGCAGUCUGUUUUCUGUAAUGUCUGAUACUAGAAACUAAUUUGCUUCAUAUUUUAGUUGUAUUCAAGAUUUGAAGAUGUAUUUUAUAGACAAGUUCUGUUUUUGAACUUCGUGGAACUAUUCCAAUCAAUUUACCAGUUAUGAUGCGUAUUUACAUUAUGAAUGUAUAAUCCAAACAUUAUUUGUAAGGCCUACAGUAUGUUUUUAUUACCUAACUUUUUUAUACAGUGUCUCUUGUCUUGACUAUGAUAUUGGAGUCUGAGUUGUCGGCUUGGUCCCUUAAAGUUUCUAGUUACAGACAAAAUCAUACUGUGAUUUUAUUUUUAAUAUGGAUAUGCUAUCAAACUGUGAUACACUUAUAAUUCACUGGUCCUGCAUCAGGAGAUGGAGUGGGGAAAACUGUAUUUGAUACAGUUCGUAUCUGAAUAAUCUGUAUGGUUUAUACAGUUUGUGUUGUUCAGAGAUGUCUAAAGAAGUUUGAUCUUUGUUUUUUUAAAGAUUAAAAAAGCACUUGCCCCACUGUAAAUAUACAGCAUGGAAAAUUUAUAUAGUAUAUAAAUGGCAGCAAAUUAAA